UGGCGGGAGGAUUGAAAGAAAUUUUCCUAAUUUGUCGACUCUGUUUGUCCCGGAAUGAAGCGCUUCUCGUACCCAUCGCAGAAGUAUUAGAAUCUUCACUUACAAUCGACGAUUUCCGGAACUUAAGUGGAGUUCACAUUGAUGCGAUAGAUGCAAAACAACGUAUUAUACACGCGAUUUGCUUAGAUUGUGCGAGUAAACUGAAAAUGCUAGCUGUGUUUCGAAAGCGUUGCAUAAGCAACAAUUAUCAAUUCCAUCAACUCUGGUGGCGAUCUUGUGCAAACAGAAGUAGUGAUACUGUUGAAGGCGUCGAAUAUCUAUAUGAUUCGGGAGCCGAUCCUUUAGAGGUGGAGUACCUCGUGAAUGAGGAUACCAAUAGCGGGCCGGCUGCUUUCCACGGUUCAUCACUACUUCAACACGAAGACACGAGUGAAACCGAAGAGAUACCACUAGUAGAGGCAGUCAAAUAUGACUCGAACAAUUCGAACAAUGAAUCACCACUGACCCAACAAACUCCCGAAGAAGGUUGUCAACAAAGUGUUACAACAAACUCGACCGAAAAGCACGUGCUCAAAGAUGAAUUGCUCUACUCGGCUAACUAUAUUGAGCUGGGUGAACCGCACUCAGAAGAUGACGAGCCCGAUCUAUAUGGGAUGGAGUGGACAAAUAAUUCUCAUUUAAACAUAAUUAGAUCCUCUAAACGAAGUAGCCGUGGUAGCCCGAAACUGAACAUUGGAAGCAUUUUGUUCAAUCGCAUUAGCCAUAAGCAAGAAAAGCCACUUUGCGAUACGUGCGGUAAAGUGGUAACCAAUCUUGCAUUGCACAUCACAAGUCACAAGGACGAACUCAACUAUGCGUGUCCGCACUGUCCCAUCAAAAUGAAACAUUCUUCAUAUCUCAUCCGCCACAUACAAUCUGUGCACUUCAAGACGAUUGUGAAAUCUUGCACUGCGUGUAAUAUAGGUUUUAACCAUUACGAAACCUACCGGGCGCACAUGUAUACGCAGCAUGGUAUCGGACCUCAACAUGAGUGUGUAGUAUGCUCGCGAAGGUUUCAUCAUGCAUGUAGGCUGAAGAAACAUGUCAAACAAUGUCAUGACCUCGAUGAGUAUGAUUGUGAGGUUUGUGGGAGAAUAUUUAAACUGCGCGAAAAUUUAAAUAGACACCAAAAGAGAGUCCACACGAUGGGACAGCCCUACAAAUGUAGCCAGUGCCCAAAGUCGUUCAAAUGUGCCAGCUAUAGAAAGAACCACGAACUCAUUCACCACAGUGGUAUCGUUUUAAAAUGUACAUUUUGUGAUAAGUCGUUUCGAUAUAAAUAUCAGGUAAAUGCGCAUAUUAGCGAAAUGCAUUCAGACGCGAAUGCAGAUUCCGCAGUAACAGAGCAACAACAAUAGCUUGUAAUGAAACAUCAGCCACAGAAUCGAUGGAAUCAGGAUCAGGAAUAAAUCCUGAGCGUUU